AUGAGGAGAUUUGCAGAACCAGCUGUGGGCAUCCUGCUGUUCUGGCUAUGCUUCUUGGGCGGUGUCACGGCAGCGGCGGAGUACGUGAAAUACAAGGACCCAAAACAGCCGGUUGGGGUUAGAAUCAGGGACUUGAUGAAAAGAAUGAGCCUUGCGGAGAAGGUAGGGCAGAUGACCCAGAUUGAGAGGCAUGUUGCUUCCCCUGAUGUGAUCAACAAGUAUUUCAUUGGGAGUGUGUUGAGUGGUGGAGGGAGUACACCUGUGCCUAAGGCCCCUGUUGAGGCUUGGGUCAAUAUGGUAAAUGAGAUGCAGAAAGGUGCACUUUCUACCCGCCUUGGGAUUCCUAUGCUUUAUGGAAUUGAUGCUGUCCAUGGCCACAACAAUGUCUAUGGGGCUACAGUUUUCCCCCAUAAUGUUGGGCUCGGGGUCACAAGAGAUCCCGAACUUGUAAAGCGGAUUGGAGCUGCGACUGCACUCGAAGUCAGAGCCACGGGGCUCCCUUAUGUUUUUGCUCCCUGCAUAGCAGUCUGCAGGGAUCCUAGAUGGGGACGCUGUUAUGAAAGCUAUAGUGAAGAUCACAAGAUUGUGCAAAUGAUGACCGAGAUCAUACCUGGUUUACAAGGAGAUCUCCCAGCAAGCUCCCGUAAGGGCAUUCCCUUUGUUUCUGGAAGGACAAAAGUUGCAGCCUGUGCUAAGCACUUUGUGGGAGACGGUGGCACGUUCAAGGGCAUUGAUGAGAAUAAUACCGUUAUUAGCCUAAAUGGGCUGUUCGACAUCCACAUGCCUGCAUAUAUUGAUUCAAUCAGAAAGGGCGUUUCAACCGUAAUGGUAUCUUACUCUAGCUGGAAUGGCUUGAAGAUGCAUGCUAAUCGUGCCCUAAUCACGGGCUUCCUCAAAGACAAACUCAAGUUCCGAGGAUUUGUCAUUUCAGAUUGGGAGGGAGUUGACAAGAUCACCGAUCCACCCCGGGCUAAUUACACUUAUGCAGUUCAAUCUGCAGUUCUUGCAGGGAUCGAUAUGGUUAUGGGUCAGGAGAGAUUGACGGAGUUUUUAGAUAUCCUCACUUCCCUAGUGAGGAAAAACAUCAUCCCGAUGAGCAGAAUAGAUGAUGCCGUGAGGAGGAUAUUGCGGGUUAAGUUUGUGAUGGGUCUGUUUGAUAACCCGAUUGCUGAUCUCAGCUUGAAGAACCAUCUCGGGAGCAAGGAGCACCGAGAACUGGCAAGGGAAGCUGUUAGAAAGUCACUUGUGCUCUUGAAGAAUGGAAAAACCGCAAAUCAUCCUUUGCUUCCCCUUCCAAAGAAAGCAACAAAGAUACUCGUGGCUGGAAUCCACGCGGAUAACAUAGGCUACCAAUGCGGGGGCUGGACUAUAACCUGGCAGGGUCUCGGAGGCAACGACAUUACAAUUGGGACUACGAUAUUAUCUGCUGUGAAAAGAACGGUUGAUCCUUCGACACAAGUUGUCUACCAAGAAAAUCCCGACACGAAGUUUGUGAGUGCCAACCACUUUGAUUAUGCCAUCGUUGUUGUCGGGGAGCUUCCCUAUGCAGAGAUGUUUGGUGACAGCUCGAAUCUUACGAUAGCUGUGCCCGGGACUAGCAUUAUCAACAAUGUGUGUGGCGCUGUCCGAUGCGUGGUGGUCGUCAUCUCGGGCCGCCCGGUUGUGAUGGAGCCCUAUGUUAACAAGGUAGAUGCAAUUGUCGCGGCUUGGCUUCCGGGAACUGAAGGCCAGGGUGUUGCUGAUCUCUUGUUUGGUGACUACGGGUUCACAGGUAAGCUCGCUCGCACUUGGUUCAAGUCGGUUGAUCAGCUCCCGAUGAACGUUGGCGAUCCCCACUACGAUCCCUUGUUCCCUUUCGGGUUUGGUCUCGUGACAAAAGCUGUAUAA